AUGGUAUUGCAUACAGAAAGUCAAAGGGUGUUAGAAAUUGUUCGUGCUGCUGAUGCAUUUACCACAGUUCCACCAAAAUCACCAUCUGAGCAUCAUGACCAAGAUAAAAUUCAAAAGACUACAACAGUUGUUAUAUCGAAGCACACACUAGAUACUAAUCCACCUAUUCAACAACAACAACAACAACAGCAGCAGCAGCAACAACAACAACCAACAUCACACGCAGCCACACCACCAGCUGCAACAGCUACAGUGCCGCCUAUAUCUCCAACUGUGACUACAAAACCUACAGAGUCGUCCCUUUCAAAGAGUUCUAAAGUUACUACAAAUGAAAAACAACCGGAAAUGCCACAACAGCAAAAUGAACAGAAUCGAAAAGAUGAUCCACGCUUUGAAUAUAAAAAAAUGGUGCAAAAUCAACGUAUAUUGAAAGAUGGCGCUCUUGAAGAUUUAAAACAAAAGGCCACAAAAGCUGAAGCUGUAUAUAUAAUUGAUGAUGACGAUGACGACGACGACGACGACGACGAUGAUGAUGACGAUGUAGACAAUAACAUUGAUAAUAACGAUGAUGUAGAUGCUUAUGAGAAUCAAUCUGAGCAAGAAUCGAACAUACUAACAUCUAAUACACCAGAUCAAAUAGAUACUGACUCCGAUUUCUAUGAGAAAGCACGUUCCAUGCCACGUUAUACAAGUGAUUCUGAAAGUGAUUAUAAAACGUACAGACCUAGUUAUGGUAAGCAAUGCAGUUCACCUGACUUAUCUUCAACAUCCUAUGGGGGUCAUCGAAAAUCUGUUAGCUUUGAUUUAAGCGGUGAUGAAAGAUCAAAAUCAGAUUACGAAAGUUCACGUACACCAGAAAGUUAUAAUCGGUUUUAUGACUCAGAACAAGAAUACAAUACCGCUCGUACUCGCUAUCCGCGUAAAGGUAUUUUGAGAUCUUCGAGUCCGUCCUCUUCUAAUAAUUCAACAUUAGAAAGAUCGAACCGUCCAAUGAAACCAACAACUAUUACUCCCACAGUAGCUCGAAUAAAAGAAAUUGAUUCGCCCGUACUUCAACAUGCAAUGCGUUCACCAUCACCAAAUAUUUCAAAUAAAGGUUAUAGAAGUCCGCCACCACCACCCGAAAAAGUGUUAGUAUCUACUGAAAUUGAAAGAGAUAAUCCCUUCCGUGAAGCUUAUUUAGACAAGAGUAAAACUGAUGAAUAUACUGAAAUAGCAAAAGCAAUAUCAAAAUCGCCAGUUGCCUUAAAGUCACCACGUGAGCAAUUUUUCUUUGGUUCGGGUUCAAAAUCAAAUGAAGAUCUUUUGUCAAGCAAUCGUUCGAUAAAUAAUACCCGUUCUUCUCCUACAAUGUUUUCUAAUGCUCAAUCAAUGUCUACUGGAAAUCUAGUUGCAAGUUCAACCGGUACUAAACCUAAAAUCCCACCACCAUUAUUACCGAAACCGAAACUAAAAAAAGCUGAAAUUGUUCAUAAUUAUGCAUUGGAAACAUUUCAAAAUACCGACGUUGGACAUGGUGAUUUCGCUGUAUUUGAGCACGAUAUUACAACAAACACAAUACAAGAGGUUCACAGACCGCAAACUCCAGUCACGCAACCAGCUUCUCAAACAAAUAAAUUACCUAUGAGAGUUUCUACACCGCGUAGUCCUUUACGUCCACGUGAAAGUCCGCCACCACCUCCAAUUAAUUUUUCCACAAUGCCAAAGAAAACUUCUCCUUCAAGCACAGCGGAUGAACCUCACUAUCUUGAAGUAUUGCCACCAUUAGCUCCUGAAAUUCCACCAGCUCAAAAACGUCCGCAUGAAUUUAUACAUGAGAACUCUCCAAAUAAUAUACUGGUUUCUGAAGAAGAACAUCGCAUCAUACUUUUGAAGGAAAAUGAUCUACGUAAUCAAUUACGUAGCAAAACAUUGGUUCCAGAAUUAGGUGUACCCAACGAAAAUGCUCCAGCAGUGCCGGCGUAUGCAGGCAUCAACAAAUCGGUAAAUCCAUUUUUAGAUAGUUCAGAUGAUAAUAUUGACUUACCAUUGCCACCACUACCCACUUUGCCUCUCUCAGCUAAUGUAGCAUGUGAUAGUAGUUCAAUUUGUGACAGCGAAUCUUCAACUACUAAUAAUGCCUCUAUUUCUUCCCCUAUUUCAAAUGCUAACCCGCAGAAGCGAUUGGAUUUUUCAUCAGUAACACCAACGUUUUCACUUAUAAGCCAUCCGUCACCAUCACAAAUUUUUCCCACAGCUCAAAUACUUCCUGUACAAUACACAAACUUACCACAGCCACAACAACCUAACACUACACAUGUCCUCACAGGACAAAUCCUAUCAACUAGUACAAAUACUUUUAAUACAACUACCCAACAACCCCUCCUUAGUAUAGGUGGUUAUGUGUUACUGCCACAAACACAGUUUUCUUCCUCCACAUCACAAUCACCAUCGCUUGCUUCAACGCCAGUGUUUUUCACCGGCAGUAGUCCUACAUCAACUGCAUUCUAUGUACAGCAACAACAAGCGCCACAGCCGAAUCCAGUACAGUCCACACAAAUGCAAUUAAAUCAACGUGCUUUGGUGAGUGAACCCAAUGGGCUACAACAACAUCCUGAUAUUCCCGCAACACCAAAUACACCUACUAUCAAUAUAAAUCAAACUCCGAAGGUGGUUUUACCUUCCGCUAACAUAAUGACAAGCUACAGUACAACAACAACUGUUCCAAAAGCUACUACAACUGUUACGCCAUCAACACCAACUACUCCAUCGUACAUAUCAAUGCAAUUUCCUGCAAUAUCUGAAAUAAUUGCAGAAAACUCUAGUGAACCCAUUUCGACUUCUUCACUUUUGAAAAUUAGUAGUAACAAUUAUCAAAACACUUCACAAUCAUUAGGUGUCUCUUCUUCCACCAUUGGCACAUCCUCCAGUUUCUCAAUUGACUCAUCCACCUCAUCACUGCAGCGUACCUUUAAUGCAUCCUCAUACUAUGAGACUGCUGAAGAAAUAUAUUCCACAAUAGAAGAAGAGGCUAUCUACAGUAACACUUCAUUUUUCGAUUCUCGACGUAGCAGUGACACUUCCUUAUCUUGUCGUGCCUCAACUUCUCCACCACCACCACCUUUGCCUCCCAAAAGACCAGUUAAACCAAACAAAUUACGCACGGCACCACCACCACCUUUAGGAGUUCGUAACAUGAAAUUGCAUUCACAGUCACAACCACAAUUAGAUCUUUCGUCACCAUCACUGAAAAAACAAUCUGUAGCACACUUUGUAAAUCUACCUUCCUCCCCACCUACCGGAAAGGAAACAACUGUAUGAUUGUAUUUCCCAUCCAAUAUUCCAAACUGCUCAGCUUAAGUGUUUAGUGUGCUACGUUGCGGCUUACGCUGAGCAGUGACGAAGCUUACUAAUCGCUGAAGUUGUUAUCACUUUCGUCAUUUAAAUGUCCAAAGUAAUUGUUGUGCCAUUUGUGGCUUCACUUUUCAAUGGUUUUCUUUAUUACAUCAACUUUCCAACUUUCCAACUUCCUCUGGUCGAGAUAUAUUUCCAUUAAACAUUUAUUUAUUUAUUUAUUUAUUUGUAUUGCUUAUUUGCAAGCAAAGUGGUGGGCUUAGAAAAGUUUUUAAUUGCUUUUAGGUAAUCCGAAAUAGGUCAAAAUUCGUAAUAAAAUAAAAAUGGGUUAACAGUAUUAACAGGCAGAGUACCAGAAAAGUUUCGUUUUAAUUAAGAUGCUAAUUUUUGAGGCAAGGAUUAUUUUGUGUCCUUGUCGACGACCUGCUUAAUAUCAUUGUAUAAAUUUAAAUUGGCUUCUGAAAUUUUUUGAUUGAAAAACAAUACUGGAUACUGACUGAAUAUGGUUUCGCAACGACGGCGCUACUGAGAGAGGCAGUACUAACAAAACUUAGAGGGAAAAAAUAAAAUGAGAAAACUGUGAAAAAGUUCAUAAAGUUUUUCUUUAUCACGUAAGCCACGUAACUGCUUCAUAGCACAUAUUAAUUAAAAUCUAACACUUUGUCAUCAAUUUAACACCUCGGUUACCCUGGGUAACAGUAUUAACGCAUACUCAUGUACCAAAUCUAAUCCAUAUCUAUUUCCAUUGCAUGACGGUACCUUUUAAAUUUUACAGCAAAAAGUAUGCGGGGCAAAGUCGUCAUGACCAUUGCCGUGCCGUUGCAAUAAUGUUAAUUAAAAUCAAAUUCAAAUGCUGUUG